AUGGCCGCAUCCGGGAGCGAAAUCAGUCGGUUAGCCAGCAAGAUUCAAUCUCUGUAUGAGAAAACACCCGCCAACGAUCGGAUCCUGAUCGCCAUCUCGGGAAUUCCUGGGUCUGGCAAAAGCACGCUGGCCCGAGAGGUCGUCGCCGCAGUGAAUGCCCUCCACGGCGACCUGGCCGUCGACCUGCCGAUGGACGGAUUCCACCUGUCGCGCGCGCAACUGGCCGCGAUGCCCAACCCCGCCGAGGCCUUCCACCGCCGGGGCGCCGCCUUCACCUUUGACGGCGAGGGCUUCCUGCGUCUGGUCCGGCGGCUGCGCGAGCCCGUCCCCCCGCACGCCCCGGCCACGGCCACCAUCUUCGCCCCCAGCUUCGACCACGCCCGCAAGGACCCCAUCGCGGACGACAUCCCCAUCCGCCCGUCCGCGCGCGUGCUUGUGUUGGAGGGCAACUAUCUCAGUCUCGACCGCGAGCCCUGGCGCUCUGCCGCCGCCCUCAUGGACGAGCUGUGGUUCAUCCAUGUCGACCGCGAGCUCGCCCGCGACCGCCUGGUCCAGCGCCAUGUCUUGUCGGGCGUCACUCCGGAUGCGCCGUCGGCACGGCACCGUGUCGACUCGACCGAUUUCUUGAAUGCAGAUGAUAUCUUAGACCAUAGACUUCCAGUGCAGGAGGAUUUGGUCUCUAACUAG